CAUGGGUUUCAAUCUUCAUACUUGUAAGCCCAAUUUAUAUUUCCGACACAAAUGGAUCAAAUGAUGCUAGUGACCAGAAAUUUAAUGAUAACUCGGUUGCAGAUGUGUGUAAGGGUGGAAAAAGAAAUGAAAACUGGGAUGCAUUCCAAAACCUUCUCAUGAGAGAUGAGGAUGAAACACUUAAUAGGGUAGAAAGGAUGCACUCAGUGGAUGUUCGGGAUGAAGAUUUAAUAGUCAGAAGCUCUGAAGGUGUCCUUCCUUCUGCAGCCAGCCUUGGUGUAGAUCCAGAAUCUGAAAAAGUCCUCAAGCAAAGGAUAAUUGUAGCUGACUCCUUUGUGAUAACUGAGGGGGAAGGAGGAAGUAAGCAUAGAGUUAAGCCAGAAGGUUUUGAGAAUGGAGAGAACUUCUGCUGUGUCUUGAAAAGAGCGGAUUGUAGAGAUGCAGAUUUGUUGAUUUCACAGAAGCCAGAAGAAACUAGUUGUGAUUUUAAUGAUAUUGUAUCUACUGCUGAUUCAACUAUAAUUAAGACAGCAAAGGCAGAGGAUUGCUUUGUAGCCAAUCAAUCUGAGAAACCUGAAAACCAGAAAGCAACCAGUGGGCUUGCACUCUUUGAUCAAGAUAUGUCAGUAGGUGAUCACUUCCAAACUGAGAAACCCUGGAGAUGUGUACUUGUUGAUGAUUCCUCACUGGUACAGGCUUGACCAUAAACUGAAGAUUUAUAUAUUCCCAAUGGAGAACAGACAUAAGCAUGGUCACAGGCCUAACUCCAACUGCCAGCCCUGGAAAAGUUGCUGCAAAUGUCUCAAAAAACAAGCAAGAAGCAUGUGAACCUGAUGACCUCUGUAUGGUGCUUGAAAGAGAAUCUGAAUUUGAAACUGUGAAUGAUUCAUGGAAUGUGGAUUAUGGAGUUGAGGUGACACUAGAGGAAGCUAAUAGGAGGUUCUCAGACGCUGAAAACAGGAAGCUUUCUUCAAAUUCUGAGACCUCUGUUGCUAAGACAAUGAAAAUAAUGGAGCAAAAUAUCCAGGAAAAGAAGCAAGGUCUAAAGUUACGCGUGGAUUAACUGGGAAGACCAAACCUGAGCUAAUUUCAAAGAGCGGGAAACCAUUUGUAAGUAGGCCGGCUGUUCAGAAGAGCAAGUUUGAGAAGGAAGAAGAGGUUCGUAAGAGGAUGGAAGAAUUAGCAGUUCAAUGGCAGAAAAGAAUCGCUGAGAGAACUGCAGCUAGUGGGUUGGCUCCAGCAGCAUGCAGGAAAGUACCAUUACAAAUUAAAACAGCCAAAGGUAUUAUUACUCCCGACAAGAAUAAAAUAGGUUCUGCAGCUCAAGUGACAAAAAGAAUUGUUUCUUCUAGAAUUAGAGCAUCUUAAGGAAAAAGCUCAAACGUGGAUGGUACCCAGUUGCAUCUUCUUCCACUUUAGAUCAUUGCUGAUCCAACUUCUAUAGCUAAUAUCAGCUUGUUAUUACCAAUUCCUUCAAGAUUUCUACUUUUCUUGUGCAGUUUUCUUUCCCUUAAUGUAUAGUUAUAAUUAUAAUGAUAUAUUUUUCUUUUCUUCCUUUGUUUUCUAGGGCCGUCAUAAUCUAUUGAGAGACUUUAUUGAAGUCUGAAGGAGUCAUUGUUUGUUUUUGUAGGGACAUAAUAAUCUCUUUCACCAUGUGAUAAUACUUCUUGCUGUUUUAUUUCCAAA